AUGACCACGGUCAAGACAACAAUGUCACAACAAUACGUUCCGUUCAAGUUGUCCUAUGUCGAUUUUCCACCGAGGUGUGCUGGGGCUGGUAAUGUCAUUUGCAGCCCGGAUUACGAAAGAUUUGAUUCCCUACUAAAAAAAGCCAACGAAUGGCUAAAAACGCACAGCAACUUGAAGGUCAAAGUUUGUGAGAGUGUAGAGGUCAAAGGUCGUUACGAUGGGGUCGUCGACACGAACAAGAGCUGCUUCUUUGAGGCUGAUCAUAGCAAGAGAAGGAUGAGGAAUCUAUUUAUCAGGGUCCUAAGGCUGUGGAUUGUCCAAAAGGAGCCAACGGAUCCAAUAGAACCCCAGCAAAUCGGUUACAUUCGUAAACUGUAA